AUCAGCUGGACUUCUUCCCAGCGACACACCAGAAGCAAGAAGCCGGAGGGAGGGAGGGGGACGCAGGCAGAGACAGCACACCCAGCCAGAGGCAGAGCGGACCGGAGGGCACGGGGGUGGCCGCACCAUGUCCUUGAGCCCAAAGCACUCCACUCCCUUCUCAGUCACAGACAUCUUGAGCCCCAUGGAGGACAGCUACCGCAGGUUCGGAGGGAUGGAGCCCGCGGCGGGGAGCCUCGGAUCCCCGCUGGGCGCCUACCGGCAGCCGCAGGUCUCCCAGCCCGGUAUGCAGCAUCAUCAGCAGCAGCAGCAGCAUCAGCAGCAGCCGCCUCACCUCCACCACCAUCACCACCACCACCAUCAUCACCACCUGUCCUCCUCUUCAUCCUCCUCCUCCUCCUCUUCCUCAGCCUCGGCCACCGCAGCAGCCGCCGCUCUGGGACCCGGCGGGCCCUACCACGUGUCCCACGGGGUGCCGCAGUUCUCCGGGGCCGUCAGCGGGUUCUGCAACGGCGGGAUCGGGAACGUGGGAGACCUGCCGUCCUACCAGGAGACGGUGAGGGGCGGAGGGGCGGCGGCGGCGUGGUACAGCAACCCGGAGCCCCGGUACCCGACAAUUUCCAGAUUCAUGGGCCCCUCCGCCGGUAUGAACGUGCCCGGGAUGGUGGGCAGCCUGGCCGGGAUGGACUCCACCGCCAAGUCCAUGGUGACGCUUCACGCCGCGCCGCGGAGGAAGCGACGGGUUCUCUUCUCGCAGGCGCAGGUGUACGAGCUGGAGCGGCGCUUCAAGCAGCAGAAGUACCUGUCCGCCCCGGAGAGGGAGCACCUGGCCGGGCUCAUCCACCUCACCCCGAACCAGGUCAAGAUCUGGUUCCAGAACCACCGGUACAAGCUGAAGCGGCAGGCCAAGGACAAGGCCGCGCAGCAGCUGCAGCAGGACGGUAGCGGCAGCGGUGGCGGAGGCGGCGGCCUGUGCGCAACAACUCGCCGGUCUUCCUCUGUGUCGCCGGUGCUCUCCAAGAACGGUAAAAGCUGCCGGACCGAUUCCAGCAGCUCCAACCAUAACGGCAACCGACAGAGCAGCUCGGGUGAGGCCAUGACGGAGACUCCGCAGCAGCAGCAGGUGAACCAGCUGUCGUCCACGGAGGAGCUGGAGGAUUUGUCCCCCAGUCCGCCGCUCGGACUGCACGGUCAGAUCAACAUGACGCAGACGGACGCGGCGCUCAUUGAGUACACCAACAGCAUGAUCGGCUCCAAUUUACUGUAUGGGAGAACUUGGUAGGGAUGCCGAGCGGAGGGGAGCGGGAUCCGGCCUGCGGGGCAUCUGUCCCGGGAUGGAUGCUUUUUUUGUUUUUGGAGAACCGGCUGCUGGACAAAAACAAGCACCACAUUUUUUCCUCUUUCCGUGCGUAAAGUUCUGGUUCCUUUACGCACACAGGGACUUAAAAGACACUCGGUGGUUUUGAGCAAUACGGUGCAAAAAUAAACUGUAUAUUAGAGCCUCGAACAUGGACUGAAUGUUGAUGAUAAUGUAUUUUCUCCCGCUUCUAAACGAAAUAUUUGUUAGUCUUUUUUUGUUUUUGUUUUUUUGUAAAUGACAGAUGUGAUUGCUGCUGCUGUUAAGAUCAUGAAACAAAACCACAAAAAUCUAAUUUAAGGAGUUUCAGGAUGAGGCACGUUCCCCGUGCUUCCUUUUCACAUACACUACAAAUUAAAUUAUUACAGGUUUAACAAAGUCUGAAACACAAACACAAUCUGUCUACAGCUCGGAGGUCAACGGAAUGACAGGUAUUUUCAUUGGAAGAAAGUCAUUAAAAAUCCUUUGUUACAGCCGAUUUUAAUUUGUUUCCAGUAUUGAAUAAAUGAUAUUUUCAUUUUGGA